AUGAGCGACAGUUCAGGGUUCCCGGGCUUCCAUAGCCACAGCUACGACCGCGACUACAAGCGCCCGCUGUUCCGCGUAGCCUCGUUCUCCGACAGCGGCGACGAACAGGAGCAUUGCGCGUCGCCACUGGGGCGUGGUGGCCACAGCAUGACCCGUACGUCGUCCAAGUUGGCAGCAGCAGCAGCAGCAUCGCGCCUCUCACCGUCCGUGAGCAGGCUGAGCAUGAAGAAACUGCAGCAGGUAGUCGACGAGAAGCAAAUGGAGGAUGAAGAGAUGGAGCUGAUGAAGGAUAAGUACACCAAAUUGCUGCUUGGGGAGGACAUGUCGGGGAGCGGCAAAGGUGUCUGCACUGCUAUGGCCAUCUCCAAUGCAAUCACCAACCUCUAUGCAACUGUGUUCGGGACCUGCCAAAGAUUGGAGCCUCUGUCCCCUGAGAAGAGGUCAAUGUGGAACUGUGAGAUGGAUUGCCUCCUCUCCAUUUGCGAGUACAUUGUCGAAUUCUCACCGACUGUUCAGGCCAUGCCUGAUGGAAGCACACAUGAUGUGAUGGCAACCUCACCAAGAUCAGACAUUCUGAUGAACCUUCCAGCGCUGGAAAAGCUAGAAACCAUGCUCCUGGGUAUAUUGGACAGCUUCGACAAGCCAGAGUUCUGGUAUGCGGACCAGAGGAACCAGUCCUUCAAUGAAAGCAAGAAGUCGUUCCAGCGCAGUGAGAACAAAUGGUGGUUGCCUGAGCCAUGUGUCCCAGACUCUGGCCUGUCUGAUCGCAUGCACCGUGACCUGCAGCAAAAGAGGGAUCAAGCAAGCCAGAUCCACAAGAUGGCCAUGGAGAUCAACAGUAGUAUCCUCUCUGAAAUGCAGGUUCCAUUGUCAUACUUGGAGACACUACCAAAGAGCGGGAGGGUGGGCGUAGGCGAUGCCAUCUACCGGUAUAUGUCUUCAGGGGAUCAGUUCUCUCCGGAGCACCUCCUCAACUUCCUCAAUCUGAGCUCAGAGCAUGAGGCACUUGAGAUUGCAGACCGUGUUGAAGCCGCUAUGUAUGUGUGGCGAAGAAAAGCAAGCACGACACAUGUGGUGUCCAAAUGGGAGAAUGUUACCGAGCUGAAUGCCGAUGGGGACAAGAACCUGGUCCUUGCAAGUAGGGCUAGGAGCCUGCUUCUGUGCUUGAAGCAGAGGUUUCCAGGCCUGUCACAGACUACCCUAGAUACAAGCAAGAUUCAGUACAACAAGGAUAUUGGGCAGGCAAUACUCGAGAGCUACUCAAGGGUGCUGGAAAGUUUGGCCCAUAAUAUAGUCUCAUGGAUAGAUAAUGUUCUCAUUGCAGAUGCAAAUGCGAAAAAAGGGCACAAGAUCAGAAUGCAGAAGCAGGUGUUCACCCAGAUAUCUCCUCAACGUUGAACAUGAGGAACUGACAUACAAAUAAGUUCAUUACUAUGUUGCGUAGAAUUCUUUGUGAUUGGCCUCAUUACUUUCCAGGAGUGGUGUGUGAUUGAGUUCUUCUUUUUUUUUUUUGAUAGGAUGGUUUGGUAGAUAUAACAAUAUAUGAGAGCUUUAUUUUUUUUUCUCGAAUGCGCAGAAGAACUGUGUAUCAUUUUAUUAGGGUGUGUUUGGUUUCUCGGAUUGAGUUUUGUAGAGCUACAUUGUAUAGUUUGGCUGAGCGGAAGCGGGCUGAGUGGAAUCAUAUAUUUUGAAAAAA